AUGAAUCAUCUUCCAGAACGUGAAUUUUAUCAUGAACUAGAUUUAUUAAAAAAGAAGCAGCAACAAUUAACAGAGCCUAAGGAACCGAUUAAAAAGAAAAGACCAAAAUCGAAAUCUGACAAGUGCAGUUCUAGAGCAUCUUCACACCAUUUUGAUCAUUUUAUUUGUCCAAACGAUUAUGAGACCAAAAGGAACAUCACCGAACGAAUUAGCUUCGCCGAUGAUGGAAAUUCAAUUUGUUCAUGGCAAUUAGAUUUUGAUGGAUCAAUUACAUGCAAAAAACGAGAUAAUUUGUCUCGUCUAUCAUCCGCUACAUCUCGCCCACGAACAAGUCGAACUGAAUCGCACUGUCGGAAGCAAACAUCUCGAUUAUCAAACAUUCAGGAUGACUAUGAGUUGUUGAACUCACUCAAAAAUUAUCGGAGUAAAUCAAUCAGUCCAACACGUAGUCAAUUAAAUGAUAGCAAGUAUCAAAAGGAACUAGAAGGUGACGCAAAGUUUUAUAGUGAUCUAACGUAUGAUAAAUUAAAAGCUGUGGAUCAUACGAUUAAAAGAGAUCCAAUUAAGGAUAUUCCAAUAACAUCACGUAUACCACUCUUUAAAAAAGUCAUGGAAGAUAAGGAACAUAAAAGCCAAUUGGCUAGACUUAAUUCAGCAAUAAAGCUUCAAUCUCAAAUGAAGCCAUUCCACUUCUAUGAACGUAGCAAUGCUCGUAGUUCAUCUCGCAGAUGUCUAAGUCGUAGUCUCUCUACACCACAAUUAGGAAAUUGUGAUUUUUCCGAUAAUGAGGAUGUCGAUUCAACGUCAUUUAAGGCAAAACCAUUUCCUAAGAAUCUUUUUUGCAAUUUUUUCCAUUAUAAAAUGUGGGAAGAUAAUUAUUUUAGGGCUUUAAACAAAAAAUUGAGGGCAGAGGAGCUUUUAAAAAUAUCUAAAUUUCCGCCGUCGAUGGCAAAGCGCGAGGAAGAAAAGAAGAAAAAUGAAGCGAUUGAUGAAUUGGAACAAGCACAAGCAGUAACACCAAGCAUAUUGAAGCAAAGUGUCGAAUUCUCACCAAUUCUGUCCAAGAAAAAGAGAAUGCGUAAGAAAUUGAGAAAGACUAAAAGUGCAAUCGCAUCGUCACGCAGUCAAUUCGCAAAGUCCUACAUUUUUGACACCAAACGUGAUCGGGAUAAAGGAAGCGUUAAAUCGGACACAACAGCAACAACAAUGAAUACCCUCAAGCAUCGCGAGACUCCGAGUGAUAAUAUAACACCAAUUUAUCCCGUGAAUCGUCCAAAUUUAGCAGCAACAUUACGUUAUGAAUGGAGUCGCGAGAAAAUUAAGCAUUAUAAAGAAACAAAAGAAAUGUUGAUGCGUGACAAAUUUCGAAGGCCUUCAUGGGGUGUGAAAAAUACCCACGCAUUCCAGCAAUUAGCUCAUGAGGCAUCGAACGAUGAAGAAAUCGCACUGCGACUGGCAACAAGAAAAGCAGAACAGAAGCUCCGGCAAGAAGAGCACGAGUUGAACAUGGAAAUGAUGAAACAAAGAGUCAAAACAGCACCAUUGUUGCUCGAAGGGCCAACACAAUUAGCACCACGUCUUGGUCACAUUUAUCACAAUUGCGACAUAGCAGAUGAUAAGAAAAAGCUUGAUGGAUUGAUCCAACAAAAUAACCUUCUUAAAGUUCCAGUUAUGCAUCAUAAAUCAAAUCGACCUGGAUCUACAAUUUCAAGUACUGACAGUAAACGAUCAGAAAGUACUUAUAAUACAAAAACUACGUAA